UCAAAUUCAAUUCAUUAGUUAAGCUAAAGCCAUGCUUCUGAUAUCGUUACUCAUCUUCAUGGCAAUGCCGAGGAGCAGUGAAGGCAUUAAUGGCGAAUCGGGUCAGUGGAUCCAUGCCUAUGCCACUUACUAUGGAGCUAACCAAGAUCCUACUUCGCUUGUCGGAGCUUGUGGGUACGACGACACAUUGCGUGCCGGCUUUGGACUGAACACGGCGGCCCUAAGCGGGGCCCUUUUCCAGAUGGGGCAGGCCUGCGGCGCGUGCUACGAGAUCACGUGUCAUGCCGCCGCCGAUCCGCUGUGGUGCUUACACGGAGCCACCGUCACUGUCACCGCCACCAACUUCUGCCCGCCGAACAACGGCGGCGGCGACGGGUGGUGCAACCCGCCGCGCCGACACUUCGACAUGUCUCUGCCGUCCUUCGCGCGCAUCGCCCGACUUGGAAAUGAGGGCAUCGUCCCCAUCCUCUAUAGAAGGGUGGGUUGCAAGAGGUCAGGAGGAGUGCGGUUCACGCUACGGGGGCAGGGCAACUUCAACCUGGUGCUCUUCUCCAACGUCGGCGGCAGCGGCGACGUCAGAGCGGCAUGGAUCAAGGGCUCGACGACGACGACGACGACAUGGAGCCCAAUGCAGAGGAACUGGGGCGCCAACUGGCAGACCGCCGCCGACUACCGGAGACAGACCCUCUCCUUCCGACUCCUGCUCGGUGACGGCCGCACGCUCGAGUUCGCCGGGGUCGUCCCUGCUACCUGGGCCCCCGGACAGUCCUUCGUCGCCAAGGCGCAGUUCUCUUAAUUGAGUAAUUACAAAGUUUUUCUUAUUUCUUUAUCAAUAUUAACUAAUUAAUUGCUCAUCUGCGAGAGCAUUAUUAUCCAAUGAUAAAUAAAAUUAUGAUCAGAACAACUGUAAUCUCUUUAUUAACAAUUGGAAAUUGGAGGUAUUUGAGGAAAUAAACAU